AUGAAGAUCGUCCAGAAGGUCAAAGAAGACGUUAGGACAGAUGUUACCUGGAAUCGGGUGGCGACUUAUGGUAUUCAGGGGGCGCGGGCUGCUCCAGGCGCAGCGGUGUUGUAUCUCCUGGACAAGGUUCCUAUCGUGGGAUGGAUUCCUCGAUAUGACUAUCGAUGGCUUUUGAACGACUUCAUCGCUGGACUGACUCUUGCUGUCAUGUUGAUUCCUCAAAGUCUAGCUUAUGCGAAGAUUGCCACGAUUCCAGUCCAGUAUGGACUCAUGUCCAGCUGGCUACCAGCUGUCCUUUAUGCCUUUAUGGGCACAUCAAAAGACAUGUCAACUGGACCAACGUCGCUGAUAGGCCUGCUGACCUCCGAUGUCGUCAAAGAUUACACAAAGGAAGGAUACAGUGCACAAACGGUGGCAUCAGCUGUAGCGCUGAUGAUGGGCGUUUAUGCCAUGGCACUAGGGUUCUUGAAGCUCGGUUGGCUUCUCGACUUCAUCUCAUUUCCUGUGUUGACUGGCUUCAUUUCUGCUGCUGCCAUAACCAUCGGUUUGGGUCAAGUCAAGAACCUUAUUGGUGAAGAUAAUGUUGGUGACGGCACUGCCAAUAUCAUUCACGACGUUCUGACAAACUUUGGGACUUGCAACGGCCGAGCAGCUGGCAUUGGCUUUGCCGGGAUCAUUCUGCUGACGAUCCUCCAAAAGGCCGGCGAGAAAUGGGGCAACCGAAACAAGAUCAUUUGGUUUCUGUCCAUCACCCGUGCUUUCAUCACGAUGGUCUUGUUCACAGGAAUCAGCUAUGCUGUCAACAAGGGGAAAGACUCGGACGACUACCUUUUUGACGUCAGCAAAGUCCCUACCACCCGGAUCACUUCCCCAAAGGUACCAGAUGCAAAACUCAUUGGGAAAGUCAGCGCCGGCAGUAUCGCGGCAUUCAUUGCAAUGGCUGUUGAACAUCUUGCCAUUGCGCGUGCUUUUGGGCUGAGGAACAACUAUGUCAUCAAUCCCAGCCAAGAGCUCUGUUAUCUCGGAGUGAUCAACUUCUUCAACAGCUGCUUUGGCGCCAUGGGCGUAGGUGGAGCUAUGUCUCGAACCGCGGUGAACUCCCAAUGCAAGGUUAAGUCGCCAUUAUCCGGGAUCAUCACGACCGCCUUUAUUAUCCUCUCCAUCUACAAGUUCACUGGUGCCCUGUACUGGGUACCAAAAGCCACACUUGCCGCCAUCAUCAUCACCGCGGUUUGGCCACUCGUCGGGUCUGCCAAAACUUACUACCAUUUCUGGAAGACUUCACUAGCCGACUUUAUCGCUUCGAUGGUUGCGUUCUGGGUGUCUUUGUUUGUCAGCACCGAGAUUGGGAUCGGCUGCGCUGUGGCCUUCAACAUUGCUUAUUGUCUCAUCCGCCAGGUCUUUACAAAAACCACCAGCAUUUAUGCAGAUACAUCUUCCUCGGAGUUGGCAAGUUCCUUGAACAGCGCUCAUGCACUGCCACCAAGGAUUCCUGCGGAUAUCCGCGUUUUCAGGUUUAACGAGUCCUUCUUCUUCCCUAACGUCAAUCGAGUCAAGCAGGCCAUCUUUGACACCAUCGAAACAUACCAUGCUCCGGCGUACAGCACGGCCAAUGGCACGGAAGCCGACCGGAACUGGUCAGUCGAAGGCGAGAAGCGGAUAGCCCGUCUCCGCAAGAAGGCCAAUACCCAAAGUGUCGGCCUGCCACCGAUUAACGUUGUUAUUCUGGACUUUGGCAAGGUCAAUUACUGCGAUACCACUGCCGUCGUUGGCCUAAAGAACUUCCUCAUUGAGCUCAGGAAGUAUGCAGGGGAGGCCGUUGAAGUUCGGUUCGUCGCCUUGAAUCAAUUGAGUCGUGAGCGCUUCGAACGGGCAGGUUGGAUCUUGAGGGAGCCUGAUGCUUCUUCUCUGGAGUUGCUGGAGUUGACAACGGCGAGAGUGUUUAAUAGUAUUGCCGAGGCAGUGGUUGCUCCGAGAGCUAUUGAUGAGAUCUGUGAAAUUGUCGUCAAGGGGAGCGGGGAGGAGGAGACCACCGUUUCUCAUCGUGAGAAGAUGUGA